AUGGAAGUUGUGCAGAAGGGUUUGAAAGCUCUUCUGAAGUUUACAGCUGAGGUGGAAGAAACACUGAAGCGUAUUCAGAGCCAAAAAGGAGUACAAGGAAUCAUUGUUGUUAAUUCUGAAGGUAUUCCUAUCAAAAGUACUAUGGACAACUCCACAACGAUUCAGUACGCGGGCCUCAUGCACAGCUUCAUCAUGAAGGCAAGGAGCACUGUGCGAGACAUUGAUCCCCAGAACGACCUCACAUUCCUGCGGAUCCGCUCCAAGAAAAACGAAAUCAUGGUUGCACCAGAUAAAGACUAUUUCCUGAUUGUCAUCCAGAAUCCAACUGAAUGAUUACACUGACUUGGUCUGUUUUUUUUUUCCCUUUGCCCAACUGUUUUUUUAAUUUAAUGGUAAAGAAUGGAAUUAGUGUUAACUCUGCUGUGCCACUUCAAUUAUGUCUGGAAAAACAAAAGUAGGUGGUUUUGUUGUUUACAAGCAGGAAAAGUGGCUUUUUUUUUUUGUAUCACAAGUCGUUUUGAGGAGGAUUGGGUGAAUUAGAAUCAGGCAGUAAAAAAUGCAACAGAUUCUUUUAAUAGAUAAGAAGAUAAUAUAAUAAAAUUCUAAUAAU